AUGACCAUCGGCGUGCUGGCCACAUGCAUCGCCACGGGUAUGGUUGGCUGCCUUGCAUAUUACUUGGAGCGAUGCCGUCGCAAGAUCGCAGAGGCAGCACUUGUGGACACGAAGAAAGCCCUGGAGUUGCAGGUCACUGCGCGUGCAGCAGAGAGGACUGGGAGGAUCCGUGCAGAGGUAGAACAAGCGUUACAGAACUCAGAAAUCAUAUCACUAAGGCAACAAUCAGAACUUGAGAGUUCUCAUCCUCCAUGUAUUGUGCAGAAAAAGCUGAGGGAGCAGCUUGCCACUCCAGCGAGGACAGCAGCACCUGAGGCAGCGUAUCCCCUGGCACCCAUCGGCCACCUGCAGUCCUGCUUCUCACAGAGGAAUGGCACGCCUCGUCAGCCGUUGCUUGCGCGCAACGCCCGCGCAAAGCUUGUGCUGCGGCCUGAUGUGCCCGCGGGGUGCCUGGAGGGCCUGGAGCAGUACUCGCAUGUGUGGAUCCUGUUCAUCUUCCACUGUAAUACUGACCUGCAGCGGCUGUGGUCCCCCAGCCACGCCACGGACGGCCUGAAGGCCAAAGUGCAGGUGCCCCGGCUCAAUGGCGGCCGCAUGGGAGUCCUCGCCACUCGCUCCCCACACCGACCGGCACCCAUUGGGCUGAGUGUUGCCGAGGUCAUUACGGUGAAGGGGCGGACGCUGAUAGUAGGAGGAGCGGACAUUGUGGACGGAUCACCAGUGCUGGACGUCAAGCCAUAUCUGCCCUUUUGUGACAGCCUGCCGAGCGCAUCUGCGCCUCCCUGGGUGUCUGAUGAUCUGCCGGAGGACGCUCUGAGCAUUGCUGAUGUGGCGAUCUCUGAGGCAGCCGAAGAGCAGCUGCGAGACUGCUGGGCUGCCAAGGGCGCCGCCAUGAGGGAGCUGUAUCCUGAGUUUAGCGACUUUUUGGCGUUGAUAACGCAGGUUCUGGCUAGGGAUGUCCGGUCUGUCCAUCAAAGACUUCAUGUCCGUUACCCAUACUUCAAGCGCAUCACAUCGCCCCCUUCAUGA